UUAAACCUCAAAGCCCAGUAACCCGUAAGGUCAAAUGUGGUCAUGUUCGGACGUUGACCUGCAGAGUUCAUCCCAUGACCGGAAGAUCCUGACAUCCCACACGUCACAGUCCCAACAGGUAAACGAAGGCGUGCCACCACCGAUGCAGGGAUAGGGCUGGCUCUAGGGCUGGCCGAAGGGGAACAGAUCAUGGUCUAUAGAGUACCUUUGCUUGUUGUUUUGGCCCUUCUUGCAACCUGUGGAGUGCCACAAUCAACUGCCCAAGACUGUGGCGGUACCCUGACCAACUCCACAGGGUUUAUCCAGAGCCCGGGGUACCCUUCCUGGAUCUACCCUGGUAUCCGCUGUACAUGGCACAUCCAGGCACCAUGGAGGAACGUCAUAGCAAUGACAAUCCUGGACCUGUACACCAGCAGCACGGAUGAGCUGAUAUUCCAUGAUGUAAACUGGCAUCACAUUUGUGGUGGUGGCUGUGAAUGGAGAAUUUACCAGGGCAGCCUGGGCAGGGAGGGCCUGGAAGCCAACCACACCCACUGGAGCGCUCUGAACGAAUUUGAAAUCCAGUUUAAAACCUACCAGUAUGCAAGAGGCAGAGGUUUUCAGGUUUACUACAGAUUUGUCUCAUCAGAUACCUGUAAGGACCCAGGGAGGCCUGUAAAUGGUGGUCUGGUCCCAGACUUCCUGUUCAAUGGCACGUACCCCGCAAGAGAAACUGUUCACUACACGUGUAACGACGGUUACCACCCGUAUCGGAGGGCACACGUCACACUGCUGUGUGAGGCCCAGUCUGACGGCACCAGGGCACAAUGGAGCAACUACCAGGACCCACGGGCACUCUGCAGGGCGGAAUGCGGUGGCAAUCUGACGAGCCCCACCGGCGUCAUCACCAGCCCCGGCCAGUACCCAGACUACUUUGAGAUCCCUGCGGACUGUAGCUGGAACAUCCAGGCACCUGCAGGCUUUACCGUGCUGCUGGAGUUUGAGACUAUACAGCUGCACUCACACUUUGAUGACGACUUUCUGCAAGUUGGAGAGGGAGACGUCGUAACAUACAGCUGGACAGGCCGACAGACGACUGAGUACCCCGCCCACCCUGAUCCCAUCACCAGUUUCUCUAAUGACAUUUCCAUCAUCCUCCGCACCUACUGGUCAUCCGGGUACGGUCCUGCCAACCUCACCUCCAACAACGCUGGAUUCCUCCUGCAUUACAGAUUCAUCCCUGCUGGCACUUCCUUAGCUGGAGAGUGCGUUGACCCCGGCACCCCACAACAUGCCAAACGGCUUCCUGAGAGUGGUCCAUACAGGAUUGGAGACUCCUUGGAAUUCCGUUGUGAGGAAGGGUUUGAGCUGGUGGGAGAUGUGUACAUAACCUGCAUGGAGGCAGAUGGACCCACCAUGGAGGGGGUGCUGCUCGCGGAGUGGAACUCUACAUUACCCACAUGUGAAGCCAAGUGUGCUAGUGGCAUCCCACAGCAGGAGGGUUACGGGUCCAUCAAGAGUCCCCACUGGCCUGAUCCGGACAGGCGGUUCUGGACGGGAACCACGGGGAUCUGGGGCUGCGUCUGGACCAUCAGCGCUGCCGAGGGAAACAACAUCAACCUGUACUUUAACCACACCUACUUCUGGACAUGGCCGCAGUACGAGUACAUCAAGGUCAUGCAAGGUGGCACAGAGCUACUAAGACUGACCAAAACUGACUGGCGUCUGCCUCACAACCCGUUCAUCGUCAAUGCUACAAGUAGCAACACUAGUACUGUAGCUCAAAUAGUGUACUAUGGGCAGUACAUAUGGGGAAACACUCUGAACCUCUACUAUUCAACUGGAUACUGUAGAGACCCUGGGGCACCAGUGCACGGCCAGCGACAAGGCAACAGCUUCCAGCCAGGGGACACUGUGUCGUUUUCCUGUGACGUCGGGUACAACUUGGUGGGGGCAGCGACACUGACAUGUGUUCCUGGAACCGUUUAUGAAUAUCAGUGGGACAGUGAUGUACCAAUCUGUAAAUAUGAACACAGCGCACGUUGUCCUGAACCACAGCCGCCAGGCUUUGGUUUCCAUAGUGACACGGACAGAGCAGUUGGCAGUACGGUGACGUUCUGGUGUGACGCUGGCUACCACAUCAGGGGUUCAGCAGCCAGGACCUGUGGGACCAACCAACAGUGGACGGGGGUGCAGCCGGAAUGUGUCUCGAGUCCUUGCAUGGAAGUCCCCCCGGCUCCUCUGCAUGGCCGGAUCAUCCCCAUGGAUGUCCCAGGCACAGGUCUCUUUGCUGUGACUGCCUGUGAUGUCGGAUACUUCCUUGCAAGUGGCUCGGAGGCACGUGUUUGUAACGUCUCUAACGGGGAAGGCAGUUGGGACGGGGAACCAACAGUGUGUCAACCUGUAAAGUGUGGAAACCCAGGAGCACCACAGAAUGGAAACUUCACUGCACCAGAGUUUACUUUCCCAAACAAUGCCACAUAUUACUGUGAGCUCGGCUAUGAGUUGCUGGGUGAUGACUUGAGGACAUGUCGUUCCAACGGCACCUGGACCAAUGAUAUACCUACAUGCAGAAUUAAAGCGUGUGGAUACCCUCGCAACAGCGACCACAGAGUGUAUUAUAACAGAGUCAAUGGCACCAUAGACAACAUGAGGGGUUUUCUCUAUGGAGCCACUGUGUUCUACUACUGUGUAAAUAAUGGCCAAGGUUUGUCCAUCAAUGGCUCCGUCUAUGGUGUGUGCCAAGCAGAUGGAACAUGGUCUGGAAAUGACCGAACUUGUAUACCUGCAACCUGCCCCGAGCCCAUCCCACCAGCUAAUGGCUUUAUUGUGGACCCACAAUCGGAGUGGCAGUACAACUACGUGGCACGGUUUGCCUGCAGUGAUGGGUACAACCUGACAGGGAACCCACAGAUUAGGUGUGGGCAGGAUGGAUGGGAGGGGAGUGUGCCAACAUGUGUGCAAGUUACAACCCCAACAUUAACUACAACUAAGAUAAUUACAACACCACCGCCUCCUCCAAGUACAACAACUACGACGACGGCAGCAGUGCCCACCACAAAAUCCACUGCUGAAAAAACAACUCCACCGUCAACGUCUUCACCAUCAACAAUAACACAGUCUCCUGGUCCUGUCUAUACAUCAAAGAAGACUGAUAAAGUACCAACCUUUCCAAAAAUGACCACCUCAGCAUAUAAAGAUUCCACCAACCAGGACCAGCAUAAAACAGAGCAAAAGCCAAGUGUCAAUGUGGGAGCUGUUAUUGGAGGAAUGGUUGGUGCAGCAGUUGCCAUUGCUAUCUGUGCUGGACUGGUCAUUCACUUUCUUCGAAAUCACUGGCGGUUUAAGACUCCACCGUAUGGUAAUGUGAACGAUGGACCAGCAGGAGGAACAAGUUUGACUACCCUGGGGUGAUGUCUUGCUCAUAACGUACAGUGGUAUUCUGUUAAAGGUUAACACAUGUAUGUCAGGGUAGAGACUCCAAUUCUGCUGGUAGAGAUUCUGAUUGGAUUUCUGCCGACAGUGACUCUGAUCGGGAUUUGUACCCGCAGAGAUCCUGAUUUGGGUCGCUGUCAACAGAAACUCCAACUAUCAGAAUCUGUACUGGCUGAAUUGCCAAUUCUAUCUGAUUGGUGUCUCUAUCCUGCCAUUUUUAUACAUAACCUGUAUCACAGGUUGUUACUUAGGUUCUGUAUUUUUUAUACAAGGAAACCAGGAAUUAUCUCUAAAAAACAGACACAGUGCAAUUUGACACAAUGCAUUUAUGUUAUACUGGGACACAUUUUUUUUUAAUAUUUGGAAAAUUUUGUUAUCAUUGAUAUCUAUUUGAAGUUACUAAUGCAGAGAAAUAUUAUUUGUCUAUGGUGUAUUUAACAUUAUAACAAUACAGAAUAUAAAAGAUGAUUAUGGUGUGUAUUACCAGCUAUUAUGAGCAGACACUUUGAUUGCACGUAAGAUUUGCUUAAUGCUGCUGAUAUUUUUCCAAGUAAAUCCAGAUUGCAUGAGAAUUCUUCAUAGUUAAGUAAUAAAAUGGUUUCUUUAUUUUCCAUAUUUAUAAUGUGGAAUAAGUUAAAUGUUUUAUUUCUUUCUUAUGUGUUCUUAUUUGUAUAUUUUUGAAAUAUAAUCAAGAAACUGAUAUAUUUUUAUGCUUUAAAAAUUUAUUAAGUCAGGUUUGUAAAGUAAUGCAAAAAGCAAGUUAAUGAAACAGAUUUGGCAUAUUAUAAUCUGUAUAUAUUGUGAAUGUAUACCUUAUAUGUGAUUAAAAAUAUAACUUUUCACACUCA